UUUGGUUGAGGUUAGUUGCCAAAAAAAAAACAGUUUGGUUGUUGCAAUCGCGUGACAGCCUGCAUAAACCGGUGAACAACCUGAUUCUGAACCAUUCUGAUCUGACAUUACAAAUCCGAUCUGGAACUGAUGAUAUGAUGAAGCAGUAGGACAACGGCCAACGCAAUGUGGACUUGGAUCGGAUCCCAAGUUUUAAAUAGGGCGCCAGGUAGCUGGAUGACAACGAUCACUAAUAAACCUCUAGUGCUGUGAGCUCUGACCUACAGACUGUGGCCUUUCUUCUUUCAUUUUGCGAGGAUACGACCAUAUUAAUUUGAUUUGAGCUGGAGCGCCUAACUUGCAUGUUUCACAGUUUCACAUUGCAGUAACUUAACUAGAAAUCCGAUAUUAGUAAAAAGGUAGGCACCGCUUAUUGGACGGCAAAGUUCAGCGUGCAAAUGUCGCAAAAAUUCAGCUCAAACAUAUACUGUAUUACUUAGGAGAUUUAGAAAGAAGUUAGCUGGCAUAAGCAUUUGCUGGCACGGUCAUUUUGCAUGCUAGAAGAUCGGAGCGCGCCAAUAAUGCAAAUUUAGAAUCUUGGCUCAGCUUGAAGGCUGUUGCAAUUGUGUCUACGGUAUUAGUUAAGGCAACAGGCUAGAUUUUUUCGGGCAUAUGUAUCAAUAAUUAAAUACAGAAAGGAGCUCUGUCGAUUCGCUCUUUCUUAUUGGUUUGAGGAUCAACUCCCUCCAUUCCAAAUUGUAGAUCAUUUUAACAAAUCUAGAUGCAUAUUUUUUACCAUACACCUACAUAAACAGUAUAUCUAGAUAGAUCAUGCAAUGAAACAAGAGUUUACAAUGCGUUCAUUCAUUAGGCUUCGGACGAACCGUCCCAUUAGUUACAGUUACAUUGGUACUUAUAGUGUCCUCUUAACUAUCAUAAACCGAAGAUUACAACUUUUUACCACUCUACUUAUUACAUGUAUAUCCGUAAUUUCCAUUUGGGCCUCCUUUACAACUCAGAUACAACUCCGAAGGGCGUAACUUCUGGGCUUCUGUCCAGUCCUGCGCUGAGAGAAUCACCAAGAGCAUUUCUAAAAUCUACUCUCUAAAUCAUCAUUUAGAGUCAUUUGAGUAAAAAAUAUUUUCUAUAUUUUUGCGCUUUCCGACAACUUUUCUAUAUCUUAUGCAUAGUCUAGAGAGUCAUUCUCACUCUUCAUCUUUGGAUAGCGAGAAAUCCGGAAUACAUGAUGUCUAUAUUUGGAUAUCCAAUUGAAGAGCCUGUCGGAGGGUAUUUUUUUUACCAAAAUUUCUAUUCCUGUAAACUAGAAAAGAUAUAAAGAGUCUUUUGGAGAUGUUGUGAGCCUUCGGUCUUCCCCCUUCGGCAUAAACACCUUGGCCCUUCGGCCUCCGGUUUUUCUUGUCGAUCAGGGCCUCCGGAUCACUCCUUGGUUGUGCUGGUGUGGCCGUCGAGCUCAGCGAAGAUUUUUACCCUUCAGCUUACAACAAGUUUUAAGUGUGCUCUCCAAAUGAUCCCUUUCUUUGGGAUUGCACGCCAGAGGGAGUGGAGGGCCUGGUGGCCAGCGAUUUAGCUGAGCCUUUAGUUAAUGGAAAGUGCUUUUCCACUAAAAAAAGGUGGUAUCCCCAACAUACUAAACCCUCGAUCGUUCGUUCGAAUCAUGCAUAAGAAGGAAACAUAUACUCAUAGCUUGCACGGCACUACAAUCAGCAGCAUAUUCUUGGACAUCAUUGUUCGUUGUAUAUCACAUCCACAAAAAAUUCACACAAAACACGGGCCACAAGACAUGACCAGCCAACCACAACCUGGGACCUAAUUGUCAGCUAGCGGUGGAGCAGAGGAAGCAGGGCGCGACGCGGCGCGCCGGUCUCAUCCGGCAUGUGUGUAUGUGACUCAGCUCCUAUCUCAGCGCGGCCCCUCCCGUCGUUUUCUCGCCACAUUUACACGCCCCCGAGCCGCCGUAUCCCAAACAUACACGCGCGCACCGAACACCUCCCCCAGGCUCCCAGAGCUUCACUCCUCUCUGCUCCCUCUCUCCCAGUGAAGACUAAACCAUGGGGGCGUCCAAGAAGCCGCCGUUCUCGGCCACGCCGAGCGCCGGCCGGGAGAGCGUUGCCGCCGAGGAGGCCCCGCUUCUGCCGGCGGAGCACGGCGGCGGCGGCUCGGCGUCGGUGCUGGGCGCGGUGUUCAACGUGUCGACGAGCGUGGUGGGCGCUGGGAUCAUGUCGAUCCCGGCGGCCAUGCGCGUGCUGGGCGUGGCGCCGGCGGCCGCGCUGAUCGCGUGUGCCGCGGUCCUGGCCGACGCCGCCGCCGGCUUCCUGCUCCGGCACACCCGCGGCGCGCCGUCGUCGUACGCGGCGCUGAUGGGGGACGCGUUCGGCCGCGCGGGGGCCGCGCUGCUCAACGUGUUCGUCGCCGCCAACGCCGUCGGGACCCUCACCGUGUACCUCGUCAUCGUUGGGGACGUGAUGUCCGGCGCCGCGGGCGGCGGGGACGACGCCCACGCCGGGGUGCUGCAGGAGUGGUUCGGGCGCCGCUGGUGGACCGGCCGGGAGGUGGUGCUGGUGGCGGCCGCGGCGAUCCUCCUCCCUCUCGUGCUCCGCAAGCGUGUCGAUUCGCUGAGGUUCACAUCGGCCCUCUCCAUCCUGCUAGCGGUGGUGUUCAUGCUCAUCAGCCUGGGGAUCGCGGUGUACGCGCUGCUCAAGGGCACGGCGACCAUGCCGCGGAUGCUCCCGGACUUCUCCAGGCUCUCCUCCCCGUUCGAGCUCUUCACCGCCGUCCCCGUCAUCGUCGUCGCCUUCACCUUCCACUUCAACGUGCACCCGAUCCGCGCGGAGCUGAGCAAGGCGUCGGACAUGAAGGCGGCGGUGCGCAUCUCCCUCGUGCUCUGCGCCGCCAUCUACGCCGCCGUGGGCUUCUUCGGCUUCCUCCUCUUCGGGGACGCCACCAUGGCCGACGUGCUCGCCAACUUCGACCGCAGCUCGGGCGCCGGCGUCCCGCAGGCGCUCAACGACGCCGCGCGCCUCAGCUACGCGCUGCACCUCGUGCUCGUCUUCCCGCUCCUCUUCUUCUCGCUCCGGGUCAACGUCGACGAGCUCCUCUUCCCCGGCAGGCGGCCUCUCGCCGCGGACACGCGCCGGUUCGUGUCCCUCACGGCCGUGCUCAUGGCGGUGCUCUACGCGCUCGCCAUCGCCAUCCCCAGCAUCUGGACGCUCUUCGAGUACUCCGGGUCCACGUUCGCGGUCACCAUCUCGUUGAUAUUCCCCGGCGCCAUUGUUCUCAGGGAUGUUCAUGGAAUAGCAAAGCGGAAGGACAAGGCUUUGGCGGCGACCAUGAUCAUUCUGGCGGUGGUCACGAGCAGCAUCGCCAUUGCCUCAAACAUCAUGAGCUCCAUCAGCGACAAAGUCAGAAGAGGCCAUGAAGCUAGCAGAUGAAAGUUCAGAUGAAUCGAGGUUAAGGUUUGUGCUUAGAGAGAAUGAGAUACUGCUACGGUUCAUGAGAUGCAUGUUGUAGAUGUGUGCAAAGAAAUACCUGCCGGCCAUUAUUGUUGUAUACUUUUGUACUGAUGAGUGGCGAUACAUGUACUAUGUAUAACAGUAAUAGUAAUGGAUAAUAUAUUUUUACAUGCAUUUACAAUGAUUUCCCUA